CGCUGAAAAGUAUUAUAUCUCAAAGUCAAAUUGUGAAAAAUUGACACAAUUUGACCUCCAACCCAAUACCUUGUAGCGGUCGGCUUUAGGUCACCCAAUUCGUCAAUGGGCCUUCGCCGCUCCCGCGCCGGAGCGUGAAAACGCGCUUUCUCUAUAGAACGGGCAUAAUUCGCGAAUUAUUUUUCAAUGGAGCGCGAAUUAUGUUUGAUAAUUCACGAAUCCUCUAAUUAUCAGACUUUUACUACAUGCAAGAGAAACAACUCCCAUUCUUGGCUGGUCGGAAGUUCUAUUCCCCUCCGUCGUCGUGAAUCCAAGGGUCACCAGCGCAGUCGUUGUAACAAUCGCUCUCCACCAUCGUGAAUCGAAGGUCGGCAACGCAGUUAUUGUUUAUAUUGGCCUUCCCCACCGUGAAUCGACAGUCACCAACCCAGAGUUUGUUUCUUCCUCAAAUCGUAAAAAGGAAAGGGCUUUAACUUGCUGAUCUCUGCAGGGUCGGAGAGGGGAAAGAGAUCGAAGGUCAAGUUUGUGGAUUCACUGUUCUAUUUUGAGAUUUGAAAGAGAAAAUUGUGCAUGCAUUGAGAAGAAAGUCAUGGAAGAAGAAAGAAGAAAAACAGAGCUUUGUCUUGCUCUUCUGGAUUGGAGAGAAGGUAAAGUGAGAGUGGAAAGAGAGACAAUGGAGGGAGAUAGAUAUUAAUCUAUCUAUAUUGGUGGUGUGGGCGGAUAGAGGAAGUCAGAUAAAAGAAGAAAAAAUAAAAUAAGUUUUAUUAGAGGUAAAUGAUUAGUUUUUUCAAAAUAUAUAAUUUAUUAGUUAUAUUAUUAACACAUCAAAAUUUGUAAAAAACUUCACCCUGUUUUUUAUCAUUAUUGUGUUCUAUAUAUAUUUUACUCAUUAUUUAGAUACUAUUUUGGCACUAAUUGCAAGGUAAAUGUAUAAAAAAAUAAUUAAAAUUAAUAUAAUAAUAACGCUCUCAUCACGCUCUCUAUCUUGAAUUCUUGUAAUAUGAACGCUCUCACGCUCACGCUCCCGCUCCCGCUCCCGCUCUCGCUCCACGAACUGGUUACCUAAGGUCGGCUCGGCGGGUGCGUACGACCCGUUUUUCUCACCGGUUCAGAGUCAAAAUGGGUCGACCCGGGCGACAACCUUGUUCAAGGGUCAUCGUCUUAUUUGUGAACACGAAAUUGACGAUGCAUCGGCUAGGGUCUUUCUUAAUUAGGUCAUUGUGAAAUUUUUGUUAUAUAUUUUGUGGUCUUUGUUAAUCAAAGUCAUGCGCUGAAAAGUAUUAUAUGCCAAUAUGUACUUAUUGUGGUCGAUGGAUGGGAGAUUUUGCUAUAUAAUAGCUUCCACACCCUAACUUUACCCAUCAUCCCCAUCACAUCUAUCCCUUCCAUCUCGUGAAAGAAAAUAUCAGCAAGCUAGCAUGGUUCUCUUUGAUUUCAAGUCAGACAACCACUUCGUUUCUUCCUCGGACAGCACUACCCUCAGAGUCUGUGAGUUGAGCAACCAUGCUAUUCACCCUGCUUCUAUCCGAAAGGCUCACUGGAAAGAAGUCGGCAGCAUCAGCGUUGUCGAUCGUGAUGAUAAUAGUACUAGAGAGGUCGAUGACGACAUGGAGGGCGAGCAAUGCUACGAAGGGUUGUUGUUUUUCGAUGGUCAUGGGAAGAUCGAGGGGCAGAGAGCCCUCACAAAGCUAGCUGAGGAACUGACUCGCUUGGGCUUGAUGGUGAGCCCUGGAGGGUAUUGCUACCAAGACGUGACUGAGCUACGCGAGCAUAAAGACUUCGGGGUUCACUAUCUCCGAUUGAAUGAUCUCUUCAACUGGUCCAUCCACGAUGUGUACUCGGCAAGGAUCACCACGUGGAAGCGUGUGGUGUUGAAGUACAUCGUGCCAAAGCACAAGAAAAUACCAAAGUCAUCCAUGGUGGGCGGCGGGGUGAGCAAGGAGAAAUACGAGGAGUUAAAAAUGAUGUUGAACGAGAAGGAGGAGGAGCUGGAGAAGGUAACCGCGAAAAUGGAAGACGAGAUGGAAAAAAUGACGGACGAGAGGGACGAAGAGUUGCGAAAGAUCCAACAAGAGAUGAAAGAGGCAAUUGACAAGAAAGAUGUCGAGUUGCGGAAAGUGAAGAAGGAAAAGGGCGAGGAGUUGCGAAAGCUAAGGAAGGAGAAGGACGAAGAAAUGCGAAAACUAAAACGGGAGAUGCAUGAUGAAAGAGAAAUGUUGCAGAGAGAGAAGGACGAAGAAAUAGCAAAGCUCGGACAAGAGAACGAGGAAGAAGCACUUCAUCAGCUGAAGAAAAAGGAGAAUGAACUAAACAUGUUGAGGCAGGAAGCUGACGACAAAUUACAAAAGCUGAGGGAGGAGCUAGAAAUUCUGAGACGAAGAAAGGACGAUGAAGAAACGGUGCAAGCACCACGGAAGGAGGACGACAACGAUAUUAAGGAAGCGCUCCAAGAGCUUAUCAGAGAGAAGGAUGUCGAGCUGCAAGAACUAGGAAAGCUAAAGGACCAACUCUUAGGUAAGCUAGAUCAGUGCCCUAAAAAUUCGUGGUCCAGACAGCUAAUUUCUACGGAUCGCUUUUACACCGGCGGUGAUAUCAACCAGAUACCAAAACAACAGGUUCCAAAAGAAACGUUUUCGAAAAACCAGAGUAGACUCAGUGGACAUUAUUUCAGCAGCUACAAUUACGCUCGACAUAUCUCGACUUUGACGCCAUUCAACAGAUCAACUGUUGUUCCACUAAAGGAUCGAGGGACUGAUGAGUGGCCGCUUUCCCGUAAGGUUGAGGUUUGGGUUGGGAACGGCGGCCACUUCGACGUCGAAAACUGGUGGGUUACGAAGACGGCCCACCCGGAAGGUGGCAUGACGAUGCUGGCUUACUACCAGGGGACUUUUGCUACGCAUACAAACGAGUAUGGAAGGCCUGUGUACUUGCCGUAUCAUCCUAGCUAUGAUUUUUGUGCAGAUGGAUAUUUCUUCCUGGCUUUUCUCUGUGGUCAAGGGAGACUUGCUUUUAUGUAUCGGGACUAGAUGAUGUUCCCACUCACGGAUGAUCAAGGCAGACUGUUGAUGGUUGUUUUUCUAUUUGGUCAUGAAAUAAGAAGAUCCGAAGUUG